AUGAGACCUGUUGCCGAGGUUUUUCCAAAUUCCAGACAUUUGUUAUGUACUUGGCAUAUCAACAACGACGUGGAGGCCCGCGUAUCAUUUUUGUGCAACAAGAACAAGGAUGUUGGUCGAGCGUUCAAGAACGGAGUUUGGAAAAGAAUCAUGGAGGCGUCGACUGUGGAAGAAUAUGAUCGUGCAGUUGCAAGCAUGGAAGAUCGCUAUGUAAGAUGGCAGAGCGUUAUCGAUUAUGUGCACAACACAUGGCUUACUGAUCAUAGGCAGAAAAAAGUGCAUGCUUCUAUCAUUAACCAAGUUACAGAGAUUAAAAAUGGAUUAGAGAGUUCAAGGCGUCGACAUGGUGCGUUAUUCAAGAGUUAUCUAUACCAACACCUUGUUGGUCGUGUGUCCCAUCAUGCUUUGGAGCUUAUUUUGGAAGAACAUACGAGGAUGCGACAGUUAAGUACCGAAGUUUUUGAGAGGUGGUGUUGUGCUAAAUUGUCCACUCAUGGACUCCCAUGUGCUUGCAACAUAUAUAUGGCGGUCCAAGGUGGAGUUGGGUUGUAUCUUGACCUUGUCCAUCGAUUUUGGAGGACCUUUGAGAUCGGAGAUGGGGCGGACAUUCCGCAGUUUGUGGAGGAGUCCGCACAAGUCGUUGAGCUAUUCCGAUCCCUUAUCGAUGACAUGUUAGCUCAAGAUAUUGCAGUUGUCCGAGAUAUUUCGAGAAUCGUUCACGAUGAGUUGCAUCCCGAGAAUGCGGGUUUUGAGGAACCGGAACCCAACUUAACUAGGAGAGGGAGACCAAGGAAACAAAGAAACUCCACUACAAGGAAUCUCAGUUUUGUCGAAGAUGUGCGUAAUAUGGGUCCUCGUCGGAGUUAUGAUCAAGGGUCGUCGUCAAUGAGCACCCAACAAACGAGGUCUUCAUUAGGAAGCUAUAUGAGCAUUGAUCUCAUCCCGCCUGGUUUCAAAGAGUGGUUACCUCAAUUCAUGUUGCAGUAUAUUAGAGGAUACUGUGAUGUAAUCCCUGACGGGAACUGCGGAUUCCGAUGUGCCGCAGAGUUUUUCUUGGGUGAUCAAGAACGAUAUGGUGAGAUUCGAUCAACGCUUGUUGGAGAGAUCGGAAAGCUUGAACAAUACCGCCAUGUAUACCGUCCUGAUUCUAUUGCUAAUGUCUCGUGGCGUAUAAAUUGGAGAGGUGGACGGUGUGGAGAGGAACACUGGAUGAUUACCGAUUGUGACUUGUGGCCUCUUGCCACACACUUCAAUGCGGUCGUAAUUUAA